AGUUGAAUUUAGAAUAAUGGCGGCUUGUUCGAUUAAACUGUUGUUUAUCAAAUUAUAAAAAUACAGCUCUAUAUCUUUCUGUAAAGAAGACUCAAAAGUGGAUAUUUGUUAUGUCUGGGAAAGGGAAACAUGCUGAAGUUGCUUCGGCAAGAAAUCACCUUGGUGCUACGCUACAGAAUCUGGUGGAUCAAAAAGAUGAUAGUCAGCCUUCUAGUGAUGGAGAGGGAUCAAGUCAUAUAGAUAUUUCAAGUCCAAGAACGCUGAGUUCCCCUUCAAUAUCCCCACGAAAAUCAUUAUCAAAAUCAAAUCGAAAAAGAAAGCGGAAAGAUGAUUUAGGUAGUCUGGGAUCAGGUCAGCCACAUCACACUUAUGUGAUGAAAUUAUUUGACCGUAGUGUUGAUCUAGCCCUGUUUGAUGAAAACACACCACUAUAUCCUGUAUGUCGUUCUUGGAUUAGAAAUGAUCCACAGAAUAAAAACAUACAACCAGCACCAUUACCUAAGUCACCAUCUCCUGUACCAGAUAUUAAACCUGGUGAUGAUGAUGAAAUUGAUCGCUAUCCUGAUGUUCAUGAAUUGCCUCCACCAAUAAAACAAGAAGUUUCUGAUAUUUAUAUGGACAUGAGGAUACCCUCACCUGUACCACAACCACGAGAACAUAUAGAUAUACAUUCUUCUGGUGAAGCUCCUCCACCUGAACAGUUAUUGUUAAAUCAUAUGGCAAGAUGGAAAGAAACAAGAUAUAAAUGGCGGACGUCUGCAUUUAGUAAUGAAAUGAGGUAUGCUGACAGUAUGAUUAUACUGAAGGGCAUGUAUGAACGGCAAUGUAUGAAAGAUGGAUAAAAUUGUAUAUUAACUUUGAUAAUUUGUAUGUAUUGUUUGUCAUUAAGUGUAAAAUAUAUAUGUAUUACCAUGAA